UUGACCCACCCCCGAAUUAAAAGAGGCGAUCAUUGCGCACCGCUCGCCCCCGCCCUCGCCCUUAAUGCCGCCAUCACUCUCUGGGCGACGAGGACGACGAGCAGCUACUUGGUGAUAGCGCAGCCACGCGCGGCGCGCCGAAGAGCUCGCCUCUUCGCCGGAACGCGCGGUGGUUGAGGAGCUAGCUAGGGUGGUGUUGCUGCUGCGCGUCUGCCGCCUGGCAUGGGCGACAGAGCGGCGGCCACCGCGUCGAGCAGGUUCCGGACGAUCUGCGUCUUCUGCGGCAGCAACGCCGGCCGCCGCAGGGUGUUCGGGGACGCCGCGCUCGACCUCGGCCACGAGCUGGUGAGGAGGGGCAUCGAUUUGGUCUACGGCGGCGGCAGCAUCGGGCUGAUGGGCUUGAUCGCGCGGACGGUUCUUGGCGGCGGCUGCAGCGUCGUCGGGGUGAUUCCAAGAGCUCUCAUGGCUGUCGAGAUAUCAGGUGAGAGUGUGGGAGAAGUGAUAGUUGUAUCUGACAUGCAUGAGAGGAAAGCUGAGAUGGCUCGACGAUCCGAUGCGUUCAUCGCUCUUCCUGGGGGCUAUGGGACAAUGGAGGAGCUGUUGGAGAUGAUAACAUGGUGUCAGCUUGGAAUUCAUGACAAGCCAGUCGGAUUGCUAAAUGUUGAUGGUUACUACGAUCCGCUGCUUGCGCUGUUCGACAAAGGCGAGGCGGAGGGUUUCAUCAACUCUGAUUGCAGACAAAUAUUCGUUUCUGCACCAACUGCAAGUGAACUGCUGACAAAGAUGGAGCAAUACACCCGGUUGCACCAGGAGGUAGCCCCUGCAACAAGCUGGGAGAUCUCAGAGCUUGGAUAUGGAAGAACACAGGGUGCUGAUCAAUCCUAGCCCUUCACUUCGAAAGCGAAAUGAUCUACUAAUGCAUCUGCUUUUUUCUCUCUCUUGUUUUUCCUGUUUUUUCUCAAUUGUCAAAACUCCUCACCUGAACAUGGUCUCUCUCUCCAUUGACGAUUUCUGCUCCCUUUCCUUCCUACUUGCUGUGUUCUUUCUAUCCCGGUGGCGAUCGAGGAACAAGUCGUCGUCACCAUCCACAAAUUUAAAGUUUGAAGUUUGAAGUGCUGCCUGCAUGAAUUGGAUUAUGAUCACGUAGGAGUAAAUUUAUGUAGUAUUCUUUCCGUUUCACAUUAUAAAACUUCUGACAUUGCUUAUGUUUAUUCUCAUAUAUGUGAUAAUGAAUCUGAAUAUAU